UUACUAUGCUCGGUCCGAGCGGGACAAGCAUAGAGGCAACAUCAGGGCUGCCUCUACCAUCCAAUGGAUCUACUCCUCUGGAUAUGCUUUUUGCGUCAGUCUUAGAAAACGAUCCCCUGGCGAGGUUACAGGGAGAGUGGCACGGUAGAGAGGACCACAAGGUCUAUAAGGUCCAGGGAAGAAGUGUCCAUGUGUCGAAGGACGGUGUCCCUUUGCGGACGUACGACAAGUUAUUGCAGCAUAAGGAAGGUACCAUUUACUGGGGCAGUACCGGAAGAUAUAUUCUCGAUAGCUCCGAGUUCGCCGAGGGACGAGUUUCGUGGCGCGCGAAGCAGGGGUCGUCCUCUUUCUGCUGGGAGCGCCAAUCAGAUAGCCGCACCGGGGAAGCGGCUGUGCGACCUGACCUCGAAACGGUUUCUCCGAAGUUCGUCAAGAUGAAUGAUUUAGCAGAGAUCGAAGGUCGAAAGCGUUGGUAUCUACUGCCAAGCGCGAGAACUAAUUAUGUACAUGUUCAUAUAAAGCCUAUGAGAAAAGAAGUCACGACAUGGUGGAAGCUCCCGUCUAGUGUGACCAACUACGUUCACUUGGCGGACCGGCGUUCCAAGGGCAGUGUGUUCCGAACGGACCAUGAGAUCCUUGCCCACCUUUGUAACCGACCAGCUGACGACGAUGACGCUGCCUCGACACAUGCCUUGCGACGAGUGGACGAGGCGUGGUUAGAUGCAGACACGGCGGCUACUGCGGAUUUAUCCGCGACUGAUAGCCUUGAAUGGGACCAGUUCAGAGUGAACGAGGAACGGUUUGGAGUUCAUACGAGCUUUAAUUGGAAAUUGUAUACUACGGAUGUGCCGAAGAACCUCAGCAGUGCGCAGAGGUCGAAGGCAGAGACGAUAGCGAGAGAGAUCGAAAAGGAGGAAUCUCUUCGGGGAAAGAAUGUCCUCAGAGGGACGGACGACGAGGAGGCUCUCUAUGGCGCUGUUAUUGGUACUGGUCGGUACGCUCAGCCCGAGGGUGGUAUCAUUGCAAAGGGCGAUAAUAAGACAACAACAGCAGCAGUGGUGACCUCUCGCCAACGGAGGAAGAGCUCACCUCAGAGGUCUACGGACGUCACAGGGACGCAGUCGGUAGAGUCGGGUCUAGCUGUAGAUGAAGGCGUCAUUGAAACAGUGUUGGCUUCCCUCCAGGGACUUUAUGUUGAUAAAAAAGGGAAGCAGUAUUUCAUUGAAGGGAAAGACUCUUUUGCGAUUGACGCCGAGACUGGGGCGAAGGGCGUGUCGAAGCCCUUGGUCGUUACUACCAAGACAGGGGAUUCUGACACAGUGAGUGAUAGUGAAAUGGGGUACCUCUGGAUUGUAUUCGUUUGA